UCCACUGUAUAUGUAGAGGGUGUUGUGGUGGAUUUGGUCAUCAUCCGUUCGUUAGGAUCCACAGGCCUGAUCCGUUCAGGAGGCUGUAGUGACUUUCAGGACCAGACCGGGCUCGGUAUUCUGAAUUUGUUCUGAGUGGCUUUCAGGCUGAGUCUUUCUGUGCUGACAGCUUGACUGAGAUCAGACUCUGGCGUCACCAUGAGGUCCUCGUGCACAUCUGCCGCUCUGCUGUGUCUGCUGGCCGGAGCUUUGACCGCCAUUCAGAGCCAAGAGACAGUGUUUCUGGACAAGCAGCAGGCGAGCUUGCUGAUCCGUCAGAGAAGGAAUGUGGACGGCAGUCAGCCUGCAGGCCUGGAGCAGCUCUGCAUGGAGAAAGUUUGCACCUACGAGCAGGCCAGGAGUGUUUUUAAGGACACGUACCGCACGGAUAUCUUUUGGUCUGUCUACAUCGACGGAGAUCAGUGUGCAGAGAAGCCCUGCAAAAAUGGAGCCUUGUGCUCUGACAGCGUUGGAGGCUAUGACUGCGUCUGCAAGUCUGGUUUUUCAGGAGUCCACUGUGAAACAGACCAGACUCUGUGUCCGAUGAAAAAGAACGAGGGAUGCUCACAAUUCUGUAAACCUGGCUACACAUCCUACGAGUGCUCCUGCGCACGAGGGUGGAAGCUCAGCUCCACGGAUAGGAACAAGUGCGAGCCUGCAGUGAGAACCCCGUGUGGUAAGGUGGGCAGUCUGAGUCGCUGGAACGCCAGACAGGACAAAAACGUCCGCAGCAACUUUGACACGGUCACCUGUGGCUCUACUGAGUGUCCCUGGCAGGCUCUCCUGAAGAGUUCAGAGUCGGCUGGUUUCUGUAGUGGAGUCAUUCUGAAGGAGAACCUGGUCUUGACUUCGGCUCAAUGUGCGAACAAAUACAGUUCCUUCCAGGUGGCUGUCGGCAAGCGCAGCACGAGCUAUGAAAAUGGAGAGCAGACGCUGUACGUUCACCUGAUUCACGUCCACCCACGUUACGUGGAAGGUCGCCCUGAAAACGACCUUGCUGUGAUCGAGCUCCGCGACCGCAUCCAGUUCAAGAACGAGGUAGUUGCGGCGUGCCUGCCAGAGAGAGACUUUGCUGAAAGCAUCCUGAUGGGAGGAGAAUACCUGGGUGCGGUCACCGGCUGGAAAGAACCCAAGGACGGGUCAGCUUUCCAAGCCUCGCUCACCUUAAACCAACUGGAGUACCAGCCCCUCCCUCAGUGUCUGGAGACUCACCCCAAACUAAUAACCAACAAAAUGGGCUGCACCUCUCCCCAGACUAACGCCGACUGCGGUGUGAGCUCUGGCAGCCCCGUGCUCACCCUGUACAGGGACGUGUUCUUCCUCACCGGGGUGGUCAGCCAGCCAGCGGGGGCCGACUGCAGCAGAGGCUACAUCUUCCAGAAAGUGUCUCGCCAUCUGGGCUGGCUGCAGCCGCUAAUGGGCACACGUUAGGAGGGGAAGUCACGAUUUAACAUGACGUUAUGGAAGAUAAUGCAGGGGUGAAUAUACUAAUACAGGGAAGAUGAACAUUUUCAUUGUGCACUUUUAUUUUAGUGUUGUCUUCAUGCUACCCUAUCAACCAUAUACUCUCAGUCCAAGUGGACUUCUGCUUUCAUCCACAAGGUGGCUCUCUUUUAACAUCAACAAACAGGCUCAUACUGUAUGUAUCUACAACCACAGAGGAAGAGUCAGUAAUAGAGGCAGUGAAUUUUUCAGCAUGUGUUUAGUGAUGUGGACAUGCCUUUUAAUUACCCUGAAGUGAUGCUAUUUUAAGUGACUACUGUACUGUUAGACAUGCACCUUGUACCGCUCCAGUGUAUCACUACUCUAUGAAUGUAAUAAAACCCAAACCCUCA